AUGAAGAAUUUAGAGGUACAGAUUGAUCAGAUAGCAACUGUGAUACAAUCCCAACAGAAAGAAAAAUUUUCCAGUGAUAUGAAGGUCAACAUAAGGAAACACUGCAAUGCUAUUACCUUAAAGAAUGGUAAAAUAGUUGAAGAACGCAAGCCUAGAGAGGUGGGGGUGCCUACAUCGGAUCCCAUACUUGCAGGGGAAAAGCAGACUGAAGAGCAGAAAACUGAGCAGAGGUAUUUGAAAAAAGAGUUUGAUGAGAAAUUCUCAAAGUUUCUGGAGGUCUUCAAGAAAAUCCACAUCAACAUUCCUUUUGCAGAAGACUUGGCCAAAAUGCCUAACUAUGCCAAGUUCUUAAAGGAAGCGAUGUCAAAGAAGAGAAAGUUGGAGGAGUUCGAGACUGUUAAGCAGACAAAGGAGGCAUUGUGUGACCUUGAAGCUAGCAUAAACUUGAUGCCCCUAUCAGUGUUCAAAAAGUUGGGUCUUGGAGAAGUGAAACCCACAACCCUCAUCUUGCAACUGGCGGACAGAUCGAUCAGAUAUCCCAAGGGUAUUAUUGAAGAUGUGUUGGUGAAGGUUGAUAAGUUCAUCUUUCUGAUGGAUUUUGUGGUAUUGGACAUGGAGAAGGAUGAAAAAGUACCGUUAAUUCUUGGUCGACCUUUCUUUGCUACUGGAAGAGCAUUGAUUGAUGUGCAAGAAGGAAAGUUGACCCUACGGAUUAAUGAAGAGCAAGUAACUUUCAACAUCCAUUAA